AUGGGCGUCUCGGGCCUGCUCCCCAUGUUCCGCGGGUCGACGCAGACGGUGCACGUGUCGCGCUACACGCACGAGGUUGUCGCCAUCGACGGCUACGCGUGGCUGCACCGCGGCGUGCACGCCUGCGCGUCGGAGCUCGGCGCGGGCGGCGCGAGCGACAAGCACAUCGAGUUCUGCAUGGGCCGCGUGGCUUUACUGCUCCACUACAAGGUGAAGCCCCUGCUCGUCUUCGACGGCGGCGCGCUGCCGGCCAAGGCCGCCCAGGAGGCGAGCCGGCGCGGCAAGCGCGAGCACGCCAAGGCGAUGGCGAGCCAGAAGGCGCGCGAGGACUCGCAGGAGGAGGCGCGCAAGUGGUACGCCAAGUGCUCGACGCCGAGCGCCCAGCAGGUCGUGCUCGCGGACCUCUUCGCGGCGGGCCCGGACGUCAGCGCGAUCGACGUCCGGAGCUGGACGCAGCAUAUGUUCGUGACCAUGUGCGCGCUCGCGGGCUGCGACUACGUCGACGUCGAGGCCGUCAAGAACGCGCGCCGCCUCGUGGCGCGCUACAAGGACCGGAUGAAGGUCCUGCGGGCCUUGAAGUGGAGUAGAUACUACGGCAGCUGA